ACAUUUUUCACAUUCUGAAACCAGCAUGCAUGUCAAGAGCCCGUGAAAUAUGGUCCUCAUUAGCUUCAGUGGUGGUCUCACGUUGUUCCAGGUGCCACUAAGCCCCUGGAGCAGUGUCCUGCUUCAUUUCCUUAACGGCCCAGUGAGGAGCGGGCCUUAGAGAAGUUGAGGGACCCCAGGACACAGCCUGGACCCUGAUCCUCAGUCAGGAUGCAUUUGUAGUUUGUGGCCAGCUUUCCCAAGCAGGGAUAUGGGUGUCACUACCAUCAUCCCUAUUUACAGCUCAGAAAAGGCUCUGGUUAACAGUUUGAAAUUAGUGGAAUCAAAAAACAAUUCUAGCCCAAUAUUGAAACUAACAUUUUAAGGACUGUCUCAGUCUGGUCCAAUCAGGAGAGAGAAACCACAGUGAGAGUUAGGGAUGUUUACUGUAAAGAAUUACUGAGCUCUGGUAAGAGUGACUAAGAUACAAGGGGGCGGUGUGGCCUGGGGCUGAAGGAGAGCUCCCAGGAGAACAAAUCUGGAGGCCCCUUCCUGGAUCAGGGCAGGUAGGUGAGCCAGCUGGAGAGCGGAGAAGCUCAGAGGACAGAGAAGGUUGUCACUGGUUUGGCCAGGGUGCAGAGUUGGGGGCAUGCAGAGGGCAGGAACUCCCCCAUCCACAGGCAAAUUGUGUGGGGCUGCUGGGCAAAUCUGGAUGUUGGUGUGGGCAGGAACCUAUCUGGCCGCUAGGGUCGUGUUGAGAGGGCUGUGGGAAGGUUAUGGCCAGGGUGGGGCCGAGAGGUCACUGUGGGACCACAGAGCUCCUCCCAUCUUCACCCCAAACUGCGGGCAGGCCCCUUCCUGCACCUGUGUCCCUCAGUGCUCCUUUUGGAGACAGCUGUGAAGGAAAGGCGCAGAGGGGUUCUGCCCUGGGCCCGAGCUUUGUGGAGGUGUGUUUGGAGCUGACCACUGGCUUGAGGACCCUCUGUGUCCUGACAGUGAGUUUUGCAGUUGGGAGACUGGCUUGGGCUCCUGAAGAAUGAAGAGCCAGGCCCAGCAGUACCCUGUGGAGGGCUGUCAGGAUGCUGGGCUCCUCAUGCACAUGGAAGGGGUUUCUUGUGCACUCUGCCUGGGCCUUGCUCCCGAGGUAGAUAGGUGGUAGGUGCUGGGGAUGUGCCGGGUGAAUGCAGGUGGAGCUAGCAAACACACUUUCUUGACAGAAACGAGCAGGCUUUUGUUUUCAAGGCCUUCCACUGAGUCUGAAGUGCAAGUGCUGUCCCUUGGAGCAGUGGCACAGAGUGCCUGGGGUGGCUCUCCUUGCCCUGAUGGAGGGUUUUCAGAGUGUGUGAGGUGUGCCUGAGGCAGGAUGCAUUAUGACGUCAUUCUCAAACUCAGAGGUGGCCCUCCUCUUAGUCUGCAGCCCUCACAGAUGCGUGCUGCUGAGAAGCCAGGUCUGGGAGGGUUGAUGGUUUGAAACUUGCCAGACAAAGCAGUGGGGUCACCAUCAACCUCAGGUCCAGCAGGCGAGCCUGCAGUGAGCGCCCCCUAGACCCAGCCGAAGCUCUGCGGGAGCCCCCAGCCUGACACCGGCAUAUGUCCCGGGAAGUGAUGGUUCCUCCAGCCCUCAGGCCUGAGUCUUCAUGGGAGCUGCUUGAUGGAGGAAGCCCGCCCAGCUGCACAGUUUCUGAUGAGAAAGAGAACCGUUCUGAAGGGAGGACUCAGGGCUCGGGCCUCAUUUGGAUGCAAUCAAUGAAGAGGAAAGGCUUCCUCAGGGGUCACUCUUGAGCAGGUGACAAGGCUCUUGAUGGCUAUAGUAAAAAAAAAUACGUCUGCAAGUUGCUCUUCAUCUUUCUCUUGGGUCACGACAUUGACUUUGGACAUAUGGAGGCCGUGAACCUGCUGAGCUCCAACAGAUACACGGAGAAGCAGAUUGGCUAUCUCUUCAUCUCUGUGUUGGUGAACUCUAACAGUGAGCUGAUCCGCUUGAUCAACAACGCCAUCAAGAAUGACCUGGCUAGUCGAAACCCCACCUUCAUGGGGUUGGCCCUGCACUGCAUCGCCAACGUGGGCAGCCGAGAGAUGGCUGAGGCGUUUGCUGGGGAGAUUCCUAAAAUCCUCGUAGCUGGGGAUACCAUGGACAGUGUGAAGCAGAGCGCUGCCCUGUGUUUGCUGCGUUUGUACCGAACGUCUCCCGACCUUGUGCCCAUGGGCGACUGGACGUCCCGAGUGGUGCACCUCCUCAACGACCAGCAUUUGGGAGUGGUAACUGCGGCCACAAGUCUCAUCACCACCUUAGCACAAAAGAACCCAGAAGAGUUUAAAACCUCUGUCUCUCUGGCCGUCUCCAGAUUAAGCAGAAUUGUUACGUCUGCAUCCACCGAUCUUCAGGAUUAUACUUACUAUUUUGUCCCGGCUCCCUGGCUGUCGGUGAAACUUCUGAGGUUGCUCCAGUGCUACCCACCCCCAGAAGACCCUGCUGUGCGAGGCCGCCUGACCGAGUGCCUGGAGACGAUUCUGAACAAAGCCCAAGAACCACCAAAGUCCAAAAAAGUCCAACAUUCCAACGCCAAGAACGCUGUGCUGUUUGAGGCGAUCAGCCUCAUCAUUCAUCACGACAGUGAGCCAAACCUGCUCGUCCGUGCUUGUAACCAGCUGGGCCAGUUCCUGCAGCACCGGGAGACCAACCUGCGCUACCUGGCCCUGGAGAGCAUGUGCACUCUGGCCAGCUCUGAGUUCUCCCACGAGGCGGUGAAGACGCACAUCGAGACAGUCACCAAUGCUCUGAAGACGGAGCGGGACGUGAGUGUGCGGCAGCGGGCCGUGGACCUCCUCUACGCCAUGUGCGACCGCAGCAAUGCCCAGCAGAUUGUGGCCGAGAUGCUGAGCUACUUGGAGACAGCCGACUACUCCAUUCGAGAGGAGAUUGUGCUGAAGGUCGCCAUCUUGGCGGAGAAGUACGCUGUGGACUACACGUGGUACGUGGACACCAUCCUGAACCUGAUCCGGAUUGCCGGUGACUACGUGAGCGAAGAGGUGUGGUACCGCGUCAUUCAGAUUGUCAUCAACCGGGACGACGUGCAGGGCUAUGCCGCCAAGACGGUGUUCGAGGCUCUUCAGGCCCCGGCGUGCCAUGAGAACCUGGUCAAAGUGGGCGGCUACAUCCUGGGGGAGUUUGGAAACUUGAUAGCUGGGGACCCGAGAUCCAGUCCUCUCAUCCAGUUCAACCUGCUGCACUCCAAGUUCCACCUGUGCAGUGUCCCCACCAGGGCACUCCUCUUAUCCACCUACAUCAAGUUUGUGAACCUCUUUCCUGAGGUGAAGACCACCAUUCAGGAUGUACUGCGCAGCGACAGCCAGCUGAAGAACGCCGAUGUGGAGCUGCAGCAGCGGGCCGUGGAGUACCUGCGGCUCAGCACCGUUGCCAGCACUGACAUCCUGGCAACUGUCCUGGAGGAGAUGCCCCCGUUUCCAGAGCGCGAGUCCUCCAUCCUGGCCAAGCUCAAGAAGAAGAAGGGCCCGAGCACGGUGACAGACCUGGAGGAAGCCAAGCGGGAGAGGAGCGCCGACAUCAAUGGGGGCCCUGAGCCUGCCCCGGCCAGCGCCAGCGCCACGUCCACGCCUUCUCCUUCGGCAGACCUCCUGGGUCUGGGGGCCGCACCACCUGCCCCUGUGGGCCCCCCACCCUCCUCCGGCGGGCUGCUUGUGGACGUGUUCUCAGACUCACCCUCCGCAGUUGCGCCUCUUGCUCCCGGCUCCGAGGACAACUUUGCCAGGUUUGUCUGUAAAAAUAACGGGGUGUUGUUUGAAAACCAGCUGCUUCAAAUCGGACUUAAGUCUGAAUUUCGGCAGAAUUUAGGUCGGAUGUUUAUAUUUUAUGGUAAUAAGACCUCCACGCAGUUCUUAAGUUUCACUCCAACACUAAUCUGUUCAGAUGACCUUCGGGCUAAUCUGAGCCUGCAGACCAAGCCUGUGGACCCAACUGUGGACGGGGGCGCGCAGGUGCAGCAGGUUGUCAACAUAGAGUGCGUGUCUGACUUCACAGAGGCGCCGGUCCUCAAUAUCCAGUUCAGGUAUGGGGGAACCUUUCAGAAUGUGUCCGUUAAGCUGCCUAUCACACUCAACAAAUUUUUCCAGCCCACAGAAAUGGCUUCUCAGGAUUUCUUUCAGCGUUGGAAGCAACUGAGCAAUCCUCAGCAGGAAGUGCAGAACAUUUUCAAAGCAAAGCAUCCAAUGGACACGGAGAUCACCAAAGCCAAGAUUAUUGGGUUUGGUUCUGCACUCCUUGAAGAAGUCGAUCCUAACCCUGCAAAUUUUGUGGGAGCCGGUAUCAUACAUACCAAAACCACCCAGAUUGGAUGCUUACUGCGCUUGGAGCCGAAUCUGCAAGCCCAGAUGUACCGACUCACACUGCGGACAAGCAAGGAAACCGUCUCUCAGAGACUGUGUGAAUUGCUGUCAGAACAGUUUUAAUCCACAAGGGUGGAGUAUCAGGCUCGUGUGUCUGUGCAUUUUUCUUCAUCUCUACCAUUUGUCUUCAUUACCAUGCUGCAAAUAAAUACCCCCGUCUGCUGUCGCAGCACAGCACCUCCCAGCCCUGCUUCUCCAGCCCUUGGCCCUCCUGGGGAUGGACGGGAACACAGGCGCGCAGUUUCAGAAGAAGAGCCCGAGCCUGGACUGCAGCCGGCCUGCCAAGUCAGAAGGAGGGAGCCUGGAUCCUGGGAUCAGUUUUUAUAGAAAUCAAGACAGUUCUGUGGUUAAAUCUACAAAUUAAAGGGAAAUUAGAAGUUUGAAUGAAAAUGGAAAUUUUUUUGAAAUUUUGUUGAAACACCACUGCUUUAUUGCUGAUAGUUCAUCUCUGAUUUUCUGAGAGAAGCAGCAGCAUUUUCCUGUAGUAGAGCUAGAUUUUAACUAGGGCGUUUGGCUGUUUUGGUGGGUGAGGCUAGGUGCAGGAGGCGUGUGAUGUAGCUCGUGGGCUGGUGAGGUGCGUCCACAUGUAGCCUGGGUGCCAUCCCCAGCCCUGGGAGCAUGAGCAUGGCGCCUGUGGGCUUGCUGCAGCAUUGGCCGGCAGUGUUCCUAAUGCGGAAGUUAGGAACAUUUGUGUUUUUAAUGACUCUCAGCACCACCAUGUGUCCUGGCGAGAUGUGUCCUGUUCUCCUUCUCCUUGCACCAUAUUCUUAAAGGAACAUUUGUAAUGCUCUCUGACAGUCUGAGACCUGUUUGCAGUGUGGUGGGAGCAGGGUUACUGGAAGCUCCAGAGGUUAUGCAUCUCACCUCACUGUCCUUGGGGCUCAAGUGAGCACACUGUUAUCGUAGUAGCCAGGGGCUGGUUCCUGUUUGUGACUGGAGGGCUAAAUGUGGGCCGGAACGUGAGCUGGUCUCUUCCCUGUUUGGUGGCCUUAACCUGUCAGUGUGGUUUGCCCUGGGUCGUGACUGCAGGCUCGGGUGCUGUGGACCUUGGCCUGUGUGGUAGGGGAGGGAGGCCUGGAUGUGGUGAGGAAGCAGGGGGCCAUGCUGGGGAUGAGCUGUAGCCCGUCCGCUGCAGCUGCUCUGGUCUCUCGGCUCUCGUGGUGUCACCCUGUGCUGGCUGCCAGGCUGCUGGUCUGCACCCUGAGGUGGCUGUGACAGGAGCAGAGCUGAGCCAGGGCCUCUGUUCUGUUAGUGGCUGAUGUGCCAGGUGGGUGACUGGCACAGGCUGGCAGGUUUGUCCUAAGUAAACAUGUCUGUGUUGUCAGUAGUUGAGGGACCUAGGAAGACCCAGGGCCCUCCGUCGGUUCUCCUGGUUUAGCAGUAGGGACUGGGCUCCUCAGACGUACCUGGGGGAGCCACAUGGGGCACUGAAGAGCACGGGCCACCCUUUGCUGCGGUAUGGGUCCUGGGGAAGCAGCUUCAGGGAAUCGCUGUCUGGGUGCUGGUGCCACUGCAGGAUGGUGUGGCUGGGGUCCUUGCCAUGCUACAGACACUCCCACUCAAGUUUCCCACACCCACCAUUCUGUGUAGCCCCUGGGGUGCAUGGUCUGCCAUCCAUGUUGAUUUGAGUCACCGGCAUCUCUGUGUCCUGUGGAGUCUGCAGCUGGUGCCAGCGUGUGGUGACAUAGCAGUUGACAGUACCAGGGUGGCAUUGCAGAUUGAUGUCGUGGCUGUGCCACCAAGGUGAUGUUCGUCAUGCUUUUGUUCAACCUGCUAGACAGUGCGUGGUGCUUCGGUGCUGCCAUGUGGACCACCAGCUCAGUGGUGGUUUCCUGUGUCAGUCGAUGUCCUCCCUAGAGAGUCAAGGCGGCUCUGCUGGGCUUUCACUGGGGGCCAUUCUAGGUGAGGAUCCAUCAGUAAAGCAUGUUCCUUUCCAAAGAAAAAUAAAUGCUAGAACAGUGA